UAUAGAAGGAUACAGAUGAGCAACAGGAGCUUACUGAGAAGACAGGCAGACAAGGAAUAGAAUGGAGGGAGAACCUGCUUAGUAGAAGGAUUUGGGAACCUAAUACUGGUUUCGAUGAUCUAUGACGAAGCUAGAAGAAAUUGCUUCCAACUCUUGCACCAGAUUGGAAAAACAAAUGCAUCUUCCUCUCCCGAGCAAUCCUUUGUGCUACGGCAGCUUUUGCUAUUUCACUCCUUCAGUGCUGACCAGAUUGCCGAUCGAGUUCUCUAAGGAACAGCAGGAUGAAUUCAAGGAGGCGUUUCUCCUGUUUGACAGAACAGGAGAAAGCAAGAUCACCUUAAGUCAAGUGGGAGAUGUCCUCCGGGCUCUGGGCACAAACCCCACCAAUGCAGAGGUCAAGAAGGUUCUCGGGAAUCCCAGCAAUGAAGAGAUGAAUGCUAAGAAAAUUGAGUUUGAACAGUUUCUGCCCAUGAUGCAAGCUAUCUCCAACAACAAGGACCAGGGAGGCUAUGAAGAUUUUGUUGAGGGUCUGCGCGUCUUUGACAAGGAGGGCAAUGGCACCGUCAUGGGUGCUGAACUCCGCCAUGUCCUUGCCACUCUAGGUGAGAAGAUGAAGGAGGAAGAAGUGGAAACAUUGCUGGCGGGCCAGGAAGACUCCAACGGGUGCAUCAACUAUGAAGAUCACAGUGUCUGGGAAGACUGGCCAGAAUGUCAGUUCAAGAAGACCCAUGGCUAACUGUCCAAAUCUUCUUAUCACUACCACCCAGAAGAUCAAAGCAAUCUAGACCAUUCUCGUCUGAAGGAUUCCCUUGAUUUUUAUAAGCCUUGAGUUUUUCAUUACACACAAAUCAGGCAUCCACUGUUCUGGGGGAGAUAAAUAAAUAUUGAUGAUCUCAAGUCCAAGCAUCCCUUUAUCAUCUACUUGGGUCCACAACAUUCUUAAAACAGUACAUCAAUAAACUUGGUCAGUCUGGAAUACUCAA